GAAGCUACCUGUUCGCGAAUCUGUCUACUAAUUCUUCUCAGCGACAAAUUCGGGGGACUUCGGAUACCAGCCAAGUUGUUCCCUACCUUAUAUUGCAUCAAGGACGGUAUUACGAGAAUUGGGUGUGGACUCGAAUGCUUGCACUGUCUUUGUGACACAGGCAGACGGGAGGCCAUGGCAUUGGGCGUGGCAUCGUAUCUAUUCAUCGCAUGUACACCAGCCAUUUUUCGUACUCUCUGA